AUGAAUUAUACUAGAGUCAAUUCAAGUGAAGAAUUAGAAGUAUAUGAAGAAGUUGGUCGGGGUGGAUUUGGAGUAGUUUAUCGAGGUAUAAUCAAAUCAACAAAUCAAGAGGUAGCCAUUAAACAAAUUGAUUUAGAAAAAGAUCUGACGGACUUGAUAGAAAUCAAUAAAGAAAUCCAAAUCAUAUCAGAAUGUCAUUGUCAACAAAUCACCAGUUAUAUGGGAUCAUUUGUGAAAAAUUAUAAAUUAUGGGUGAUUAUGGAAUUUAUUGAUGGUGGAUCAAUAUUUGAACUAUUAAAACCAGGACCAAUAGAUGACGAAAAAAUUGUUAGUUUUAUCUUGUAUGAAAUAUUAUUAGCAUUGAAUUAUUUACAUAAUCAAGGAAAAAUUCAUCGUGAUUUAAAAAGUCAAAAUAUUUUAAUAUCUAAAACUGGUGAUAUUAAAUUGACAGAUUUUGGUGUGUCAACACAAUUGUCCUCAAAUUUUUCUAAAAGAAAUACUACUGUGGGUACUCCAUAUUGGAUGGCACCUGAAGUAAUUGUUAAUAAUAAUGGUGGACAUAGUUAUAAAGCUGAUAUCUGGUCAUUAGGUUGUUGUUGUUAUGAAAUGUUCACGGGGAAACCACCAUUACAAUCAAAAUAUCCUCCAAUGAGAGCACUUCGAUUAAUUUCUAAAUGUCAAAAGAAUCAAGAUUUUAUUAAAUUAAUUGAAUUAAAUGAAUUGGACAUAUCUUGGGAAUUUAAAGAUUUCUUGCAUCAAUGCUUUAUUGAAGAUCCUAAAUUAAGAGCAAGUGCUAGUAAAUUGUUGAAACAUAAAUUUAUUACGAAACAUAUCCACGAUAAGGAUAAAAUUAAACUUCUUAAAAAAUUAAUUACCAAAAAGCAAUUGUGGAAUCAACAAAACCAUAUAGUUAAAACUCAAAAUUAUUAUGUCCCGACAGAAAUCUAUAAUAAUCAACUCAAAUGGAAUAUGGAUGACCAGAAUGGGAAUGAGAACCAACAAACAGAACUUACAAAGGAAAGUGGAGAUCAGCACACCGGUAAUACCAUAAAAUUUGAUAUUAGUUCAUUAAUGUUGAAUAAUGACUUAGAAGAUGAUAUUGAAGAAGAUGUUGAAGAUGAUGCUCAUGAAGAACGGAAAUCUUCUCCUUCAAGUGAACCUAAUGAUGAUAUAAUAGGAUUUUUCAAGAAUGAUUUCAAUAAUAUUUUAACCAAAAUCUUUAAUAAAAUUGAUAAUAGAAAUCAAUUAUCAAGACUACAAUAUGAUCAAUUGGUUGAAAUGAAUAAUUUGAUGGGUCAAUUGAUUACAAAUGAUAAUGGUGGUACUAAUAAUAAUAGAAAGAUAUUAUUAUUUCAAUAUUUGAAAUACUUAAUAAAAGAAUUAUUGAAAGAGAAAAAUUCACAUAUCAAUCGGUUGAUAUUACCAUCAAGUAUACUACAUAACACUGGUACCAAUGGUAUUACCACUAACAUUUCAGGAAAUACCCUAGUCAAUAACAAUAACCACGUGACAAAUAUGACCAAUUUUACCACCAAUGGGAUAUUAUCAUCAACAACGUCAACGACAACAGUAAAUCAUAACAGGACAACUAGUCAUACAUGGACAAAGUUUGAUGAAAUAGAAUCCAGUUUAUUAGAGUCAUGGAUUAAUAGAAUGGAACAGGAUAACUAG